AUGCCCAGCAACCUCUGCGGCCAUCUUCGGAAGAUAUUUGCUGUACAUGGGCUUCCAGAGAAAGUAGUCACAGAUAACGGUGCAAAUCUUGUGUCAGAGGAAUUUGAGGUGUACCUGGCAACGCAUGGCAUCCAGCAUCGGAAGGUCACACCCUACUGGCCUCAGGCGAAUGCAGGGGUUGAACGAUUUAACAAGACAAUUGAGAAGGCAAUUCGCACUGCGCAUGCUGAAGGAAAGGAUUGGCGCACUGACAUCCGGGAGGCAGAGGGUAAGAACCAACAAGCCAAGCAGGGCACAAAGGUUUAUACAGACAAGAGAAACAGAGCGAGUCCAUCAGACAUCAAAUCAGGAGACAAAGUGCUGUUACAGCAGGUGCGGCAGAACAAGCUAUCAACGCUGUAUGACCCUCAACCCUACACAGUGCUAGAACGUAAGGGACCGAGCCUUAUUCUGCUGCGAAGAAAUGGACGUGUGUUCAUGCACAAUGUAUCGCAUGUCCACAAGUUGCACCAGAACACUGCUGUACGGGAGGAAGAUGAUUAUGUGAUGGAUUGUGAUCUUCCACAGGUAAUGAAUCCUCCACGGGCAGCAGAACAAGAUACGCGAAGAUCUGCUCGUGUCAGACGUGCACCGGCACAUCUGAGGGACUAUCAGUUACACUGA